AUUUGUUUGCAUGCGGGAUGUCGAGAAGUUUAGGAUUGUCUUGCAUAAAGUUCUUCAAGUCGAGCUGGGUGAAUAUUGAUACGCUUAUCUGCGAACUGUGAAUUACAAACAAAAUUUGAUGAGAUUUGAACUCUACAUGUAAUAAGUGGUGUAUCCUACAUCAACUAUAUUGACUUAGCAUUUAUAGAAAUUUAAAUCGCUGGUGUAUUGCAUAGUUCACAGCAUACAAAACCUUCGUUUACACAUUCUGCAGUGAAUUAUUGCAACCAACACUUGAACACUUUGCAAUACAUAUCUCACACAGGUAUUAUGGGAAGAUCGAAAGUUGUUGUUGGAUCCCGAUGAUAUGUCAAAUACGUUCGUUACGGUGGACGGAAUUGAUUGCAAUGUUCCUGAAUCCCAUCCUUUUCGAGCCUCAUUGAUGUCUCACAAAACGAGACACGCCGCUUAUAAAUACGAAUUAGUAAUUUCAAUCAGAGCUGGGGACAUUUGCUUUGUCAACGGGGGGGGGGUUGAAGCAGAGACAGCUGACAUCACUCUAUCACGAGAUUUCCUAGUUUAUGUGCUUGUCGUGGGAGAGAAAAUCGUUGCAGAUAAGGGAUAUGAGGAUGGCUUUGAAUACUUCCCCACGCCCUUAGAAGCUACAGUUGAGAAUGCGGCAGCAAACGCAAUGAUGAAGCGCUGGCGUGCCCGACAUGAAACAGCUAACGGCAGAAUGCGUAGUUUCUAUAUUCUCAAAAGCCCAUUCCGCGCCUCCAGGUUGAAGCAUUCAAUAUAUUUUAUGGCCGUUGCAAUUAUCGUGCAACUGUCUAUUCGCAGCGGUCAUUCUCUAUUUGAUAAGCGUUGAUCUUGGACCACAGCGCAAUCUGGACACAAUUUCAAAGUCAGGCAAUACUAUACAGUACUACACGAGCGGUGACACGCGGACAUUGCUGUAUUCUCGUAUCCUGAUUCAUAAAUAUCAUGCGUACGUGUUAUGCAUGCUCUAUUUUUCUACAUUCAACUAUAUCAUUCGAGCAGACCCAUGCGUGUUGGUAUCGAAGAGAUGCUCACAACACACACACAGCCUCCUUAAGGCCAAGAGCGGAUGACGAAAAACACAUAUAAAUAUCCUAGCCGAACAUAUAAAGGUAUACUGCAC